AUGGGUCAGCGUAAUUCCACGUCAGUACCAUCAUCAGUGCAAGAAAUCAAAUCGAAUUUGGCCGCUACUGUCGAUUACGAAAUCGAUUCUCCUCGAUUCUCUGUUCAUGAUGCUCGGAAAGUGCAGGAAGGUAUUGAAUAUUUGAACGAACAUGGCUAUGCUGUGUUUGCUGAUGUACUUUCUCCUGACGAGAUCACUUCUAAUAUCGAUCUACUAUGGAAACAUUUGGAGAAUUUGCCUUCACCAUAUCACAUUCGAGGAGAUAAUGCGAAAACAUGGGACUUUUUAUGGCCAGGUAUAGCUCGUCUAGGAUUGAUGGCGAAUGAAGGUAUCGGUCAGUCCCAAUUUAUGUGGUCGGUACGAGGCAAUCCAAAUGUUAAAAAGAUUUUUGCUCAAAUUUGGCACACAUCUGAAUUGCUAGUCUCAUUUGAUGCUGCUGGCUGCUUUCGCGACUGGCAUUUGAAUCGCACGUGGAAGACAUCGAGUGGCUGGUACCAUUGCGAUCAACAUCCAAUUAGAAAGCCCGACCGUUGCUCGAUUCAAGGUCUAGUGUCUAUAACUGAUAGCAACGAAUUUACUGGUGGUCUUACCAGACAAGAGUUUGUAAGAGACAGAGUGGCCUGCACACACUGGCCACAUGAGCUCAAUGCCUCUAGCCUGCCACAAUUUGACGAAAAACAAGCACUCAAACUAAACGCAUAUCAACAAUCUCUUAUUAUUGGCACUAAUGUCGACGCAAAUGAUGCAAUAACAGGAACGGUAGUCGAUGUGUGA